GAGUAACAUCCCGUGACAAUUAUUCAGCCGUGGAGAGAGAGGUGUGGGAGGGGUUCCGCCACAGAACCCUUGUGGGUGCUUGGCUGGUGGGUCGGUCCCACAUGAAGGGGCUGUGAUUGGGCGUGCCCUGGGAUUACAAAAAAUUACGAUAUCGCCGGAAAAACUUGGAGGUCCCGCAGAAAGUGAGUGAGUUCCACAGGCACCACCGCAAAAGUGAAGGAAGAAAGAGUCGCCCAAGUUUGCUAGUCAGCGAUUACAGAGGAAUGGACCCAGGCUUGGAGUUAACUUGUAAUACGGUAUAUCGCAGAAUUGCGAGGAUACUGCAGCAUCUUCUAGUGGCAUCUCAAAGCUUUCCCUCCCUUCUUUUCCUCUCCUCCCCGUCUCCCCCAAGUAGUGUAUAAAAGAUCGUAUCCCAGUGCCCUUCUUUCUCCCCCUUCUUUCCUGGAAAGAUGCAAACAGCCGCUUUCUUUGCUGCCCUUCUCAGUAUUGUGCUUGCUUAUUUUUACUCCACUUCCAGCGAAUCUGUGCGUGAGGUUUUAGCUUCCUUGGUUAACCCUGGUAACCCGACAAAUACGAAUAACCCCGUCCCCUCUGUGGCCAGUGUUACCGGUAUCGCGACGACGACGAUAUCUUCGCUAGUUAACAAAGCCGCUGCAACUGCAACUUCUUCUUCUUCUUUGUCAUCCUCGGAGGAAGGUACGGUAUUUGCGCCAAUUGUCCUUGCAGAAGAAAUGAUUGUCGCACGCACCAUCGUAAAGGCCUUCAAGGCGAUCGAGAAGGCCGAGGGCGCCGGCGCAAAGGUUCGCAGAUCAGUCGGUACCAGUCAAUUGAAGAACUUUAGUCCCUUCCUGAUGCUCGAUCAUUUCUCGGUCGGGUCGGAAGCGGGGUUUCCGGAUCACCCCCAUCGGUAUGAAAAGAAAUAAAACAUCCUCCCACCACCUUGUCGGUGCACAAGAGAGACCGUGAUGCUAACAGAAAUGUUUCGCUUUUCCUCCCUUCACAGUGGCCAAGAAACAAUAACCUACCUUCUGCACGGUAGCAUCGACCACGAAGACUUUGCCGGGAACAAGGGCACCAUUCACCCGGGAGACCUACAAUUCAUGACGGCCGGAAGAGGAAUCAUGCACGCGGAGAUGCCGGGCAAGAACGGUGAUGGGUCGCCCAACGUGGGGCUGCAGCUCUGGGUGGACCUGCCCAAAGACCUGAAGUUCUGCGAACCCCGCUAUCGCGACCUCGCCGCCAAGGAGAUACCCACCGUCACCACGGACAACGGUAAGGUCUUCAUCAAGAUCAUCUCCGGCACCUCCCAUGGCGUGGACUCGGUCCGCGACUUGGCGUACACGCCCGUGUGGAUCUUGGACGUCACCAUGAAGCCGGGCGCGAGGCUCGAGCAGGCAUUGCCGAAGGGCUGGAACGCGUUCGCGUACACGUUGAAGGGUAAGGCCGCUUUCGGAGCCAACGGCGAAAAGAGGGUCGGAGAAUUCUACAAUGUUGUGUUCGAGCAGGAGGGUGAUGGAGUCGUUGCUGCAACGGACGAUAACGCCGAGGAGGAUGCGCACUUUAGUAUGUAUACGCCACCCGCUUAGGUUCACGUGCGGUUGCUAAUGCGUUUUGCGCUCCAGUAAUCAUCGCAGGCCAACCCCUCGAUCAGCCCGUCAUCCAAUACGGGCCCUUCGUCCUCAACACCGAAGAGCAGGUCUACCAAGCCAUGCUCGACUACCAGACUCACAGCAAUGGCUUCGAGAGGGCGAAGCACUGGCAGUCGGAGAUUGGGAAGAGGAUGACUGGUCGUUAAACCCCUCCAUCCGUGACACGGCAUAAAUGUAACUUUAGAAGAUCGUCUUGUCCUUUUCUCCUUUGUUCGCCGGUGUUUGUCUCUUUAUUGAUUGGCAAUGAGGGGGUGGAAAUUCUUUUAUCCGUCCUUUUUUUUUCUUUUCAUUUUUUCAUUUCCUCCUGUGGGUUUCCUUUUUAUUACUAUGAUACCGAGCCUCGUGGUGUGUGGUGCGGUACCAUACCUGUAGACGACAAAUAAAUUAGGACAAAUAGAUUUCCGCCAAAGCUUAUCCCACCAUUUUAUCAUUCACGGCACCUUGAUUCCCCCAGCUCGUAGGCAUUCAGAAAGUAACUUAAGGCUCCCCUCCCCGCAGCAUCGCGUAUUUUAGCCUAUCCGCCAGCUGCUAUUCUCCGACUCCUCUUUGCUUGCAUGUAUGCACGCGUACACUCGAGAUACGCAUAUACCGGUACGUACGAGCAGACCACCUAAGGUAUGAUAUGUCUGUAGUCUAUGUAUGUAUGCAACCUGAUAUUCAUGCCCCGCCCCCACCACACAACGCACGGGCGAACAGAACGCACAAAGAAGGAAAAAGAAAAGAAAAAAAGAGUGAGAGCGCGUGAUCCGCAUGGAGUUGUCCGGAUAGGGCAAAGAGGGCUGAUUGAUGGCCGUAUAAUACUUGUAUCGUACCUUAGGCAACAGCGAUGAUCUCUCUCUUUUUGUUGCCUGAGGGGCACAGCGCGGAAAAGUGCCGACACUCGCACCCGGGAACGACAACAGGGAUUCGAAAAGAAAAGAAAAACACUCUGUACCGGUACCGUAUGAUACACGGUCGCUUCGAAUAAAGAGGUGGUCUACCGGUAAGGUAAAGUUCCGUGCCGGGGAGGCUGUUCGCGACGCGCUGUGGGGCUUAUACAGUACGGUACUUGCACAGUACCAUACCCCGUUGGCAUUAUAUUGAGAAGCCUUAUCGACGAGAAGUGGUAUUAUAUGGUACGUACUGCGCCGGGGAGAACGAGGAGGUAUUAUGCUGGACGCCUGCUGCCCUGUCCU